GUGAUGUGUACUUAGAAAUUCAUUAGAAUUUUCAGCUGAGUGAUUGCGCGUCGGAAAGUAAUAUACGCUAUUACGCCUCUGAUCAAUAUGCUAGACGUCGGAGGAACCAGGAUCACGAUCUACGCGGAAAACGCUAGUUAAUGAAAUUGUUUUCAAGGAGAAGUUGAAAGAAUCGGUUAAUCUGUCUUAUAAAAAGGAGAUGAAUCAGAAGAUGUCUGAGUUAGUCGAGUGAUAACAGUGAACAUGUUAGUGACCAUUUUACCAUUUCUUUUAAGUAUGUAUAUAUAUAUAUAUAUAUAUCGAUCGAAGAGAAAAUAUGAAGUUGAUAAAUAAUAACAUACGUCUUUUUUUUCCAUAUAUAGUUAUAACAAUAAUAACUAUUAUUAUCAAAGUAUAAUAUAGUAAUAAUUAUCUUCUUUGCUUCUUUUUACAAUUAAUAAUAAAUUUUCAUUCGUAGUACAAGUCCAUAUGCAAAGCAAUAGAUAUUAUAAUUAUAUAUUUUCAGCUGCUCGAUUAACUCCAGAACAUCCUCAAGAAAAAUAUCAUUGGCAAUAUGGUGGAGAAAUGACGUUUAACGUUCUCGUAGAUCUAUCUCGAUCUGACAUCGAUCGUGGAAGACGUAUUUAUUGUUCGACGAUUUCGAACGAGCUCAAAUGUCGCGUUAAAGAUACCGAAGCUCUCAGCUGUUAUUUUUUAGAUCCUGUUGUAACCCUUUCAACGAUUAACAAUAACUCAACGUGCGAAUGGUCAAGAAAUCAUCGAAUUGCAAUUAACGAUUGUCCCUUCGAUCGCGAACCGUUCGAAAUAAGAUACGAUUCUCGUGGUAUCGAGAAUCUCGUUGUAAGCAGAACUAUACCAAGAUGGAAAUUGGAUGUAACGAAAGCUGUUGUUAGUCAACUUCACGUUGGCUUUGAAUUUAAAGAAGGACAAUCUAAGUUUAAAACGAUCGAAAAUUUUAAUUUCGGUCAUUGCGAAUUAGAUUCAAAGGUACUCGUGUCCGGCAAACACCACGAAAACGAGGAACACGUAGAAAAGAAUUUUGAAAUGAUUCUGUUGGAUUCGAACGAAUUACGUUACAGGGAUAUACUCGAUCAAGAUGGUCAAAUAAUUAUUGAAAAGAUCAGACAGCCUAAAAACUGUCCAAGAAGGCCUAUUUAUUUCUUUGGAUUUCCUACGAGUCGUAGAGAUGAUACCGAGAAAGGAACUUUUAUGGAGAUGAUAUCCUCGAAGACCAGGAUGGUCAUAUCCAAAAGAGGAUUUUCUUCAGAAACGAUUUCCGAAGGUGUACCAAUAACGAUGAAUGGAUCGAACGUCGGAUUGUCACGUCAGAGAAUUAUUUUGUUCUUAAAAAGUGUGAAUCCUGCUCGAAAUUUACCACCAACGAUUCCUAAUCCAGCUUCCACCAGUAUUCAUACUUAUUCUAGUUUUGAUCAUUACACCAAACGAAUGUUACGUAGAAGUAUUAGACUUUUUGAAAACAACGACAAAUUUAAAUCGAUUCUUCGUUUAAAAAAAUGAUAGUUGUACUUACAAAAUGUUAUGUAGUUUUAACAAUCGAAAUGUUAACGUUUCUCCCAUUGCUUUUGAAAAGUAACUUCGUUGGCUUCCAAGAUUAAUCGUAUCACACAAACGAAUAACACUCCGAGUUCGUCUAAUAAACGCAAUUAAGAAACUUGGAAUAAUCCUUUAAGUUAGCUUGAAGCAAUAUAUUUACGAUUGGUCUUAUCUUGGUAAAAGUUAUUUUGAACAAGCUUUAUAUGUACGAUUAGUUAUUAUGUAAAAUUAUAUAAAUUGAAUAGAUAUACAUAAAUGUUAAUAAAACACAUAUGUACAUAUACAUAUACAAGGAAGAAUAUUAUAAACGUUCUACGAAAAAAAAGUUUUUUUAUACGUAUAUAACAAUUACGUAGAAUCAUUAUAGAAUUAUGAGAAUAGCUAGAUUCAAAAAAAAAAAAAAAAAAGCAAGAGAAGAAAAAUUAUGAAAGUUAUAAAAAAUUAAACUAAGUACAUAUGUAUGUAGUUGUGUAUAAGUAUCAUUAGUAGGUAGAUGUAUAAACACGCACACACGCAUAUAUGUUUUUAUAUAUUAAAAAAAAAAAAAAAAAAAGAAGAAAAGAACAAUCCUACAUAUAUUACAUUAAAAAGGAAAAAAGAAGAUAAAGCUGCACACCUAUACCACGUUAAAAUAUUACGUAAGAACAUGUAUGUUUCGAAUUAUCGAUUUAAACUAAAGACAUUAACCGAAAUUAUUGAAUCGGCAAUAAUUUCAAUAGGAAAACAGAGAAAGAAGUUCAAUGUCAAGUGAGUUUACAGGUAUAGCGAAUAAAUUACGUGAGAUUUGUAAGGGAUGGACACAAAACAAGGAGAUAGUGAAAGACCACGUCCACCCACAUGAAAGCUUGUCAUGUUCCAGUGCCCUUGGUAAUACACUACACAUUUAAAGGAUCAUCUUCCUAAGCGGAGUAAAACGCAGUCGUAUACGAACGGGCAGGCGCAUUUCAGCGCAACCCCUACCAGAGAUAUCGCUAACAAAUACAGAUGCAGAUUGCUUUAGAAGGGAUGUGGCAAAGCCAUCGAACUCGUCUACUAUAGGUAGAGCAUCCCCCACUAUCCUACGCAUUUAAAUAGAGGCGCCGGAACACCUGUAGUCAUACCUGUUAUUGGUGCUUGUCGAGAUUUAUCAGCUUGUUUGCGAAGAAGAUUUCGAAGAUCUCUCAGUCGUUUACCUUAUCUUUAAAGAUAUGGAAACCAUGAAUAAGAGAGAUAGAAGAGGUGCUAAGAAGGGCGAUAAGAAAAAUAUCCCAUUGACUUAUAAAGAUUCUCAACGUUGGCAAGACAAGAAAAGAUGCUUGUUCUGCCAAUAUUCCUUCUUUAUAAAAAAUGUCUUGAGAGUGAUAAUUAGGGAGUAUCCUAUUUUCACAACGCUCAUGAUGAUACGGAUGACCGUAUUAGAGGGAUAUGUCAUAUCGCAUAAAGAGCACACGAUAAGCUAUUUGAAAGUGGACAAAGAUCAAAAAGGAUUUGACCCGACGCAAGAAGAUUUUGUUACUCGUUUGCAAGAUCAUCACGCCGGGCUAAUAAUGGACACCACUGAUCAGGAUAGCGAUGACGACAACGAGACAAGAUGGCAAAGACUUCGAAGAUUUUUCGGACGUCUAUUUAACAGAAAUCAACGUAACGCGACCGAUGAGAUAUCAAUAGGAAAUAACAAGAAAGAAAACAGUGGAACGAUCGAUGAAUUUUUGGCCAGAUUAGCUAAAAAUCUGGAGAUAGAAAGGGGACAGUUAGAGGAUUGCAUAGACUACGUAAUAACAACGCAAAACGAGAUCCUCUUCGAGCUAAAUCUUCAAAACCUAACUACAGUAAGUGCGAAAAGCGCGGACGUUAUCGAAUGUGAGAUGAUCAAUAUGUGUUGGAAACCUAGAGAAUCGACAACGUCAGAAGUAAGAUAUCAGCAUAACGAUGUUAAAAAUCAUUCGGCAAAUAAUAGCAGUUGGUUCGAAUUAGUCGAUCGUGGAUGUGUCAUACCGUUUCAGUCAAAUUUCUACGGUUUCACUUUUCAUAAUUCAUUGGCCAAUCAAAAUUUGAAAAAUUUACUUUACAAAUGCAUACACAGGAUCGAGGAGCAUUCGAUGAACACUUUCAGUUGGUAUACGAACAAAGACUUAUAUCACGAUUACCUUUAUCCGCGCAGUUCAUUUUCCUAUCGGGAAUAUCUCGAAUAUCAAAGCAAACAUGAAAUUUUUAAUUCAAAAGUUAUCGUAGACCAAUCGAAUCCGUUGAAACUUGGCAUUCCUUUCGCACACGUAAUCACCGCAAAUUUUUAUUCCUAUCACAAAUACAUUAGAGACUAUAUGCGCGAAAUAAAUUUGUUUCCUAAUUCGAUCAUUCAUAUGAACGUAGUAGAUUUUCCAUUUAUUAUUAGAUCCCUUAAUCCGGAAAAUUGCACGCACAUGUUUCAUAUUGUUUAUAAAAAGAAUUUUUAUAACCGGCCAACUUACGAAGAUCUCUACAAAGGGCUCGUUCUUUUGAGAGAUCUUAUGAACAAAAUGAAAUUGAAGGACUUGGCUAUGUGCAAAAUUGGCUCUUUUUACGAACGACUUAAUUUUAACGAAAUCCUUAAAAUGAUAGAGUUUAUUUUCCUUAACACCGAUAUAAAAAUACGAAUUGGUUUAAAUCUCAACGGAAAUCACCGAUUUAUAAGAUCGAGUCCAACUGAACGUGAUACGAACGAAUGUUUCAAUUAUCAUGUGAACAGAGUCAAUCAAUAUUUUUCUUUCGACAGUGUACACGCAUCCAGAACCGCUCUAUAUUCGACCAAUGAAAAUUAAUUUAAAAAAGAAAAAGAAUAAUUAUAUAAAGGAAAUUACUAUAGAAAUAUAAUACAUAUAUAUAUAUUAUAUUUCUAUAGUAUACAUAUAUAUAUAUAUCUAUACAUGUCCAUAAUAAUAUAAAAGUCAAAGAAAAAGAAAAAAAAAAGAAAAACAAAAGAAAAUUACUAUAGAAAUAUAAUACAUAUAUAUACAUAAAUGUAUUAUAUUUCUAUAGUAAUCAUAUAUAUAUGUAUUAUAUUUCUAUAGUAAGAUAGAAAUCAAAGAAAAAGAAAAAGAAAAAAAAAAGAAAAAUUACAUAAAGAAAAUUACUAUAGAAAUAUAAUACAUAUAUAUAUGUAUUAUAUGCGUGUGUAUAUGUGUGCAUGUGUGUUUGUCUAUUUAUCUAUCUAUCUAUAUACAUAUUAUAUAAAUAUAUAUACAACAUAUAUACAUUUUAUCACGUUUUAUAUAUAUACAUACAUUUUAUUACAUAUAUUAUAUUACAUAUAUACAUAUAUACAUAUAUACAUAUAUACAUAUAUAUCUAUAUAUUUAUUAUCAAAAAUAUAUAUAUUUUUAUAUGUAUACAAAAAAAGAAGAAAGACGUAUUUCGGAGAGUACCUGAACGAUAUUGUAGGAACUGACUAGAGAAUAGAGAACAGACAUAUUAUAAUUUAAAUUAUUAAUUCAAAUUAUUAUUUAAAUAUUUAUUAUAUUGAUAAAAUAUUUGAAUUUAAAGAUUCUAUUAAACCAUGAUAAUGAAAAGGCCAAAGUUAUAGCAAGAGAAACAAAUGUAUAGUACAAGAUGGAUACAUAUAUAAAUGGA